AUGAAGUGUGUGGCCCUUAUCUGGUUUUUGCCAUGGUUGGCUAGAGUUAGUUGUUCUACCAACUACGCGUCUUUGUUCACCGAUGUGGUUGAUUUCUCGUGGAGUAGAUUCUGGGUUACUUCCAAAUCCUCCUGGAGUGAAAAUGACAAGUGCUUGAAUAAUUUUGAAUACCCAUCGGUAUGGGAUCAAGCAGUCGCAGGAAAGAUGAUUGCAGAUUCGGUGAAUGCUGCAAAUAUUGAUUUGGUGAUUGCAAACUUGAAGGACUACCUUAACUCAGACAAUUGGUUCAGCUCGUCCACCGCCAAGGACAACGACGUAUAUAUGGACGACAAUGCCCAGGUUUUGUGGGUUUUGCUCGACUCAUAUAAGUAUGCCGGUAAUGUGGACGACUUGGAGUUGGCCAAAAAGCUAAUGCUGAACUUAAUGAAUCAGGAGGCACUGGGAGGAGGUGUCUAUUGGAAACUCAAUGCCCCCUAUGUCGCAUCCAUUUCCACGGCCGAACUGGCGUUGGCCGCUACCAGACUAUACCAAGUUACUCAGGACCAACUGUUACUUGAGUUUGCCAGUAAGCAGGUUAAUUGGCUUUUAGACAACUUGCAAGACUCCAGCGACGGGUUGAUCUACGAUGGGAUCAAUUCAAAAACCGGGGCUGUUAACAAGGGGAAGUUGAGCUAUAGUGUGGGGGUGAUGGUAUCGACUUUGGCGUAUUUGAAUUCCUUUACUGGAGAAUCCGACUACUACGAUAAGGCCACCAAAUUGGUGAAUUCAGCCUUAAAUAAGAAGGGGGCAUUCUACAAUAGUGAUGGCACUUGGAACAACCCAAUGUACUACUCCCACUUGUUGUUCACCGGAAUCAGCGACUUGAUCACCAUUGCAACUGCUACAAGCAAAAGUCAAGAUACCUACUACCAGAGCCUUAUUUCUGAGGUGAACACGCAGGCGCAGAAUAUCAUCAAAACCUACCAAGUAUCCACCAACAACUUUGUGGACAAUAUACUGAGCUUCAAGGCUGAUUCUUCCAAUUACUGUGACGGCAAACCAAUUGGGAACUUGUUGCAAAGUGCUUCAGCUGCACAAAUUUUCUAUGCCAUGUCAAAAAUUGGCUCAUAG